AGCCAAAAAGUGGUUCAGUUUGUGAAUUUCUUUCGCUGAAACAACAUGCAGCACUUGAUCAUCAAGGCGAUCACCUUGUUUUUAAUCGUGCUGCUCUGUUUUGAGACUGAUGCGGCGUGUCGAGACUCUUAUAUGACUUUCUGUGAUGAUUUGAGCGACCUUGACAACUACAACAUUGAAGAUUGGAGAGAACUUGUGGUCGGAAAAGAGUCAGGUGAUGAGUCCCAACUUCGGACAAUCCAAUUUGGCUCAUUCCCUUUAAACAAGAUGGAAAGAUUGGUUACUUUGAUUAUAAUCCGUCAAAUUAAGGAGAUUAAGAUGUUUACAUUUACGCUAAAUCGGUUUUAUCAUCGCUUGAACUAUUUAGAACUAUUCGGAAACGACAUAAAGCGACUAAAAUUUACUACUUUUGAUACUAUGACGUUAACAAAGUUGAGUUUGGUGAACAAUAGUAUUGAGCAUGUUCAGAAAGGAGUGUUUUAUAACUGCCACAUAAAAACUAUAGAUUUAUCACAUAACAAAUUAGAAAUGAUUGAAAAAGACGUGUUUACAGAGAAAAACUUGUAUAAUUCUACCAAAGAACUGAUAAUCCGGCAUAACCAGAUCGAGUCAAUCGAAUCCGGCUGUUUCCCAAGCAGUUUAGAAAUCCUUAAUUUGGAUCACAACAAUAUAAAUGUGUUAAAUGCACCACUCUUCGAGAAUUUAGAUAAUCUACGAGAACUGACACUCAGCCACAACAACUUAAAAUCAAUAGGAUUCACUAUAAUUCUCACAAAACUUAAAUGGCUUGACGUUUCCCGUAACAAGAUUGUUGUUGUCUACAGUCAACAUUUGAACAAUCUUACUAAUCUAGAAGUUUUGGAUUUGGGCCAUAAUCAAAUUGCUUCUCCUCAAGUCUUCCAGAGGUUCAAUUUUCCACAAGGGACGGUACAAAUAUCACUCGCUUUUAAUAAAUUGACACAUUUAGUCAUAGAAGAAAACAAUUUUCGCGAUCAUAUAGUGUUUUUAUACGGAAACCCUUGGAACUGUAAGUGUUGGCAAAUGUUGGAACAAUUUAUGCUUGACAAUAAAGUGAAAAGAAAUGCGUGUGAUUUGAAGUUUUUCGGUAAUGGUGAGAUUCCGUACUGUCUUGAAUACGACCAAAGUGACUGUAGAAGUGGUAACUUCGUCAAAAAUUCGAAUAUUUCUCAAUAUGAUAUACAAAAUUUUAUUAAUGUUGUUAAAGGCAGCUUAGAUAAAGUAAAGUGCAGGUUGGCACCUAGAUUAUGGCAGACUUAACAAUAGUUUGAAGCUUUCACUUAAUAAUUUUUUUAAGAAUUGAAGAUGGCAAAAUGUUUAAUAGCGUGUUUUUGAAUAUUUCCCCAACCUGUUGCUUUUUGUAUAGCAGUAUAUUUGUGAUUAUUAAUUAUACACUUGAUUUAUGAAUUGUCCAUGAAAUGUGUAGACAAGUAUUUUUGAAUAAAAUGUUAUCGUUGAAACCGAUAAAGAGUUUGUUAUUUUAUAACAAGAAAAUGUGAUUUCUGGCUAUUUAAUAGUUAAUAUAAUUACUUACUUGAGUAAAAAGGGAGAUACUAAAGAUGAGAUCGAGUAGAAAAUUUUUGUUUACAUUUUGUUAUUAGUGUAGGUAAACAAGAAACAAGAUUAAUAAAAUAUUUCUAAUUGUGAUUUAUCAAUGUAGAGCUAUCUAGUGUAUUGACGAUGCAAAUGCUGCAUUAAAUGCUUUAAGACAAAGUCUGAACUAUGGUCUCAGUGAGACUUUUAAUGCCUACACAGUUAUGGGACAAGAAGUAGAUUCUAAAAAAAUUCAAGUCUCAAGAUCCAACGCUUCUGAAAUAAUUUCUUCAACGAGUAAUGAUUAUUUCGCACAAUAUCAAGAAAUUAAAAAGUCUGCUGAAGAUUCUGGUCGUAAUAUCAACCAUUGUGUUGAAAUUAUUGAUGAUUUUAUAUAUCAUUUGGAAGUUACUGUCAAUAUUUUAAUAGGAAGUAUUCUUGGCAUUAUUUUUACAUUCGAGCAACAAGUUCAGGGACGAAGGAAGCUACUAGAGAAAUUUCUAGUACCAACG